CCUCCAUCAUGCCCGCCGACCGCACCAGCGGCAGCAGCACGCCGCGCUCCAGCCGCGCCGCAAGGCUCACCGCCGCCGGCUGCUCCUCCGCCAGCGUCGCCGCAGCCGCUCGCGCUGUCGGCUCCUCCUCCUCCGCCUCUAGCUCCUCAUCAGCGCGCGCCUCUCCUCUCGCACCUCUGCCCGCCAACAUCGGCCUCGAGCCGCGCGUCUCGGUGGACCGCAACGUACGCAAGCCCUCGCCGGCACAGUCACCUGCGCCAAGCGAGGCGUCGACUGCUGCGUCGGCGUCGCGCAAGCUGAGCGAACGGCUCGAGCUCCUCAAGAAGCGCGGCAACGAAGCAUUCGAGCGCAAGAGCUACGCUGAGGCGUAUCUGUACUACACUGCCUGCAUUCACGAAGCGCCCGUGCCCGACGGCUCCUUCCAUCUGAAUCGCGCCCUGCUCGCCUCCCGCUGCCACCUGUGGGAGCAAGCGCUCUACGACGCGCGUCGGGCAUUCGAGGCGCUCGUGGAGGCGGCAAAGUGCAGCGGCCUCAGCAAGGCAGAGAUGGCGCAUGCGGGAAGCUCAUACUUCAAGCAGUGGCAGCAUCGGUGCGCCAAGGCUCAACUGCGUGAAGCAGAGGCGCUAUAUGCUCUCGGUCGCGAUCCUCGUCCGCCGCUGCAGGCAUGCAUCAAGCUGCACCCCAGCGAGCAGGCACAGACGCUGCUUGCGCAAGUCGAUGCUCUUUGCGCCGGCUCAUCCGACAAGCCCAAGUUCGGUCUGCAAGUCGACGAUUACCUCGCGCUGCCGUGGCAGCUCGUGGCGUGCUACGGCGCACGUGGCCUCUUUCCCAGCGAGGAGGAGUACGAGGCGCGUCUGGAGGCUGUGAAGCGAGAGUUCCGCGAGGGCAGCUCCGAGUGAGAGAUGGGCGACACACUGUAUACCACGAGGCGAUCGACAUUGAG